AGGUUCGGUGGUAAUUCGCAGAUUGGUGUACGACGGUGGUCUCUCCUUAUUUUAACGCUCUUUGAGGUUCGGGGAUGCUCGCAGUCGGACCGCGGCGUUUGGCCGCCUGUAGGGGUCAGUGUGCAGAAUCGAAAGCUUGAACACGGGGAGGAUCUGUAAAGGAAAAAAGCGGAGAAACGGUGACGGAAAGGGGGUCGGUUUGGUCCGAGAGCCGUGGGGCGGCGGUGCUUCGAUCGCGUAGGCUGGACACGGUGCCGGGGGCGGUGGGCUCCCAAUAAACGCUAAAACGGUGCCUUUCCGGGUGAAGAGAGGCGAGGAUCAGGGAUCGGACAAGUUUUAAAACUAAGGGGAAGCCCGGGCAGUAGUCCAAGAAUCCGGGGGAGCCGGAGGAGGGGGUGCGGGGGCUGGGCUGGGCUGGGCUGGGCUGCCAGAUGUAGCGUUUGCGGGGCUGUGAUAAUGUAGCCGGAGUUUGCAGCUCGCAUCCGCUUUGGAGUGCAGUGAGUUCAUCCGACGGGACGCCGACCAUGCCCUAAAAGCGGGUGGCAUGUGAAGCCUCCUCUUCGUCACGCACACGCCACGGGACCAGUCAUCUCUCCAGCUGAGCUCCGCCGUUCAGUCUGCCGGGGUCAGCCAUGCUGCUGAAGGAGUACCGCAUCUGCAUGCCGCUCACCGUGGAGGAGUACAGGGUGGGCCAGCUGUACACCAUCAGCAAACACAGCCACGAGGAGAGCGACAAGGGAGAGGGGGUGGAGGUGGUCCGGAACGAGCCCCACCUGGACCCCGUGCACGGGGAGGGCCAGAUCACCGAGAAGAGGGUGCACCUGUCCAGCAAGCUUCCAAGCUGGGCACGUGCAUUGGUACCUCGGAUCUUCUACAUCACGGAAAAAGCCUGGAAUUAUUAUCCGUACACGAUCACAGAGUACACAUGUUCGUUUUUGCCAAAGUUCUCCAUCCACAUAGAGACGAAAUACGAAGAUAACUGUGGAAGCAGUGAAAACAUAUUCGGCCAGGAGAAGUCCGGUUGUGACCUGGAGGUGGAUUUCCUGGACAUAGCUCACGAUAAGAUUCCUGAGAGACACUACGAGAGCUCAGAGGAUCUAAGGUGCUUUUCCUCCACCAAAACGGGCAGGGGUCCCCUGAAAGAGGACUGGAAGGAGACCAGCCAGCCUAUCAUGUGCUCCUACAAACUGGUCGGGGUCAAGUUUGAGGUGUGGGGGCUUCAGACCAGAGUGGAGCAGUUUGUACAUAAGGUGAUCAGAGACAUCUUGCUGGUGGGCCACAGACAGGCGUUUGCGUGGGUCGAUGAGUGGUACGACAUGUCGAUGGACGAGGUGCGGCAGUAUGAGCGGGAGACGCAGGAAGCCACCAACGAGAAGGUGGGCCUCGUCACCCCAGCCAUCGCCGUCCACGAGGUGCCCCGCGCCCCUGCCACCCGCAGCGCCCCCGCCAGCACCCCCUCCACGCCCGUCAACGGAGACCCACCUGACUUCCUGGCUGUGCCCCGGGAGCGGCCCCGCAAGAAAUCCGCCCCCGAGACCCUGACCCUCCCUGAACUACAGGGGCUCUCCGCCCACAAAUAACCCCCAACCCCAAACGGCAAACCCUAUAGGGUACAAAGCUGGAGCUAGCUAAUCAUGUGACUGUUGUGGAUGACACACUGUAGAAGUUUAACAAGCUGCAUUCAUCGCCAGAAGGUGAUGGGUUCGCAACCCACGAGGGGUGUUUCAGGGGUCUGUAGGUCAAUGGCUCCUAUGUAGAUUAAAUAUCUAGCUGUAAAAAUAUGUACAAUAUGAACUAGGUGAAUUUAAGCCUCUUUGGGUGUGUAAUUUUAAUAGCUUUGUCUUUGUAGCGUCCGCCCCCCCCUCACAGAAUGUUUUUGUGUUGUGCUUCUUGUGAAUCUGUGUGCAUGUCUAUGCUGUUGGGUUUUAGCUUCUCUUGGACUAUCGGCGUGUUUGGUUCUGUUGCGGUAGCAGGUUGUGAGCUGUUCUCAGUUUUUACACGGGGGCCAGAAUUUCUAACAAUGAGCCAGUUUCAGGCAUCUGCCUGCCAGUUGACGUCAGGCCUGAUAAGGUCCCAUAUCAGUGUUGCCAGUUGAGUUUAAUUCCUGCUUCAAGUUCCCAUUUCCUGAGCUGGUAAUCCCCUGCAGAGGGUGUUUCCUGGCAUCACCGCCUCCGUGUUUUUGUUUAUCGUGGAAUUGUCUCAUGCAAAAGGCAGAUGCACGACUCGCCCAGAACAUGAUUAUGCAGUAAAUUUUUCCAGAUGCCGUCAUGAGUCUCUGAGAAUAUUUUUGAACUACAAUGUUAUGCAAUCGAUUAAAAAUGUUUUAAACCCUC